AUGGAUACGAAGCAGCAAGACGGAGGGCGGCUCUCCGUUUACAAUGACCCAACACCCGAAACGGUCACUGCACUUGAUCAUUUUACCAAGGAAAAUUUGCCACUAAACGAUAAGGCGAAGACUAGGCUAGGAACAAUGGCCAACCCUACUGCCAGUGACCAAAAAGAAAUUCAACGGCAAGCAACAAAUUUUAUUGGUGAAUAUAUCGAUCUUACGAUUGAAAUGCAGAAUUGCCUUUGCGGCGAGUCACUGGAUAAGCCUCAGCAUCGAAUGGGGGGAAGUCUAAUUUGCUCCGAAUGUGCUCAAAGAUACAAAGAUGAGGUAAAGCAGCAGUACCAUUGGAAAUCUUGCCUAAUGUGUUGGAGCAACUGGCAUGAGCUACGUAUUAAAUUGCAAUAUACAGAUUGUGUCCUAGGGCAUGCUUAUUGUAUACGCUGUUGGAACAAGUUUGUUAAAAGUAAAGGGAAGAAGGAGCGUCGUGUUCAACCAGGGUGGAUUCAAUGCCCGACUUGCCGUAAAACAAUAAAGAAGGAGCUGGAACCAUCAGUGGUUCGCCAGAUUGGUAUCAAGCGCUAUUACAAAAGGCAGAUAUAA